AUGGCGGAAACGACAGCAGAUUCUGUGCCCGUGUUGCGGGCGGUGACGGGAGAGAAGAAGGAGGAUGCCGUCGCACCAGCCCGCAAGCAACCGCCCCCGGAGAAGCCCUCAGAUACUCGCCGGCGCAGCUACGUGAUCCUCGCCUUCUGGCUGAUCGUCCUCUGCCUGGGGCUCCCGAUAUGGUGGAACACGACGACCAUCUACAGGGCAGAUCUGCCCCUCGAUGAGAUGAUGGAGUGGGCUGACGGCAAGGCCUGUCGCCCCGUCUUUCCUCUACGCAUAUCCAUCCAAGCCAACAUGUUGCACGAACAGGAGGCCCAGAAUCUCUUGCGGUUGACUCAGCACGCUCUCGACGAUCUUAACGAUUUCUCGGGCCACCACCUGCGCCUCCAAUUAUCCCCGCGCGAUGACGGAGACGAGGCGGAACAAGUCGGCGACUCUGCCCUCACAAUCAGGCUCAUGCCGGGGGACUCGACUGGCGCAGCCCUUCACCCUUCCUCUCCCGUGCUCGACAUAACCUACGGGCCCAACACGAUCCCGUCUCCGACCUCGUCGUCUUCGUCCCUUGCCACCUACAUCGCCGGCCAGCUGCGGUCGACUUUCGCCGAAGAGCAAGCCAUCAUCUCCUACCUCCUCUCGACAAGCUCGAUUCCCUCGGACCAGCGGCCCCAGAGCCUCACGCCCGAAGUAGCCGAGUCACUCGCGAAGCGUACGACACGCUCCCUCAAAUACUCUCCCACCUACCACCUGACCUUCUCGCUCUUUGCGAGCGGUUCCCGGCCGAGGAGUUGGGAGAUCGAAGCGGCCAUUGAUCAGUUUAUGAAACCGGUCCUCGAGGUGCUCGGUCCGAUCCACAACUUCACCAUCGAUACCCAAGUCCAGCUCUAUGCGGCUCCUGGCGUACAAUCCCAAGUCCUCAGCAAGGAGGACCUCUCGUCCUUUAUCAAUGCCGCUGAAUGGCCGCUGUCGCCCUCGAUCGGCGGCGCUCCGACCGUCAACUUUAUCAUCUUCAUCGGCAACCAGACCAUCGGUCUAUCCCCACAGGGCGCCGAAGGGGAAGGUGACGGCGACGGCGUCUCCUCUGCCACCUCCCAGUCGUGGCUAAUCCCCCAGUGGGGCUCCGUAUAUCUGCUCCCCUUAGCCGGCGACACCCCCAACGUCUCAACGGAGACGCUCAAGCAGCCGCUGCUGACCUUCACGUCCCACCUGCUCUCCCUCCUGGGCACGCCGCAGUCGGGAUCGCUCCCGCUCCGGCUCUCGACGCUGUCGCGGGUCCGGUCGGCCGACCUGCUCCUCCGGGCGUCGUCGACGCUCGGCAGCCUCGCGCGCCUCUCGCUCGCGCUCCCGUCCAUCUCGAUCCCGGGCAGCGUAGCCGACGGCGUGGCAAAGGCCAUGGACCACCUCCGGCUGGCGUGCGACACGCUGGGCUCGGCAGAGAGCCUGUCGCACGCGCGCGUGGCCGAGGCCGAGGCCGAGCGCGCCUUCUUCGAGAAGAGCAUGGUCGGCCAGCUCUACUUCCCCGACGAGCACAAGGUCGCCGUCUACCUGCCCCUCCUGGGCCCCGUCGGCGUGCCGCUCGUCAUGGGCCUGCUGAACGAGGUGCGUGCGUGGAGGAGGAGGAGGAAGAGCAGGAGGGAGAGCGCCGAGAAGGUGGCGGCGGCGAAGAAGUCGUCGUGA